UGUUUGCUCUUUUCAAGACCCUUUCCUGAAGAAAUAGCUGGAGCUCCUGUCACAAGAUGUGCCCCCAAAUUGCAGCUCCUCUUGGCUUUCCACACUGUGCAUGCAGCAUGACUCUUGCAGCAAACCAGGACAAAGGCUUUGAGAACUUGACAACUUGUCCUUUAUAUUCCUGGUGGACUAGAGGGUUGUACUGUGGGUAAGGUUUUCAUUGUUACUGUUCUAUGCUAAUAAAACAAGAGGUGGUACCAGGAAUUGUUGGGGAAUACAAGCCUGGCUGAGUUCAGAGAAAGAAUCUCCAGAGCCUGCAGCCAGAAGUGGAGAGCUGUGCGAUAAUCAUUGCAAUCUCUCAGUGGACAUCUUGUAAAUGAUGUGGAACGUGGAAAGGGUCUGACAGGAGCUGUUUGUUUCUGAGCUCAGUGUAGAUGAUUCCACAUCUCGUGCAUUGGUGCAUCAAUCAAGACUACAACCAGUUCACUCGAAGCACCCGAACAAGCUGGGCCUCUCCGAGUAGACAACUCAAAGAACUUGAAAAGGACAAAUGCAGGAAAUUACUUGGUUAAAGAAAAGUAAGUCUUUCUAAUAAUUACUAAAGCAUCCCCUUUGCUUUUGACCUUCUUAACAAGGCCAUUUGCAUCACAGAUUCACCACGAAGUGAGAACGGCGGGCUUAUGUAACUGCAUGAAAGAUGACCCGUGCCUCUGCAGGGACACAGGUGGAAACGGGAGCCGGAGCCCUCUCACAGGUGGAAGCCGAAGCAUCACGCCAGGUGGAAUUUGCGCCGUGCUGGGAGAGGAGGAGGAGGAGGAUGGGCGCGGUGUGGGAGCAGCAGGAAGCCCUGGCCGCAGGACAUUCCCUCUGGCCGCUGCCCCGCGAUCGGGCGUGUCCCCGGCGCUGGCACCGCUGAGCUCCCGGCACUGCCGAGCUCACCUGGCCGGUGUCACAUUCCCGCUGGCGCUCGGCUGCAGUCUCUGCUCUCACUGCGGCCACCGGCAGCGGAAAAUAUCUCUGGACAUCUCCGUUUGCUGCUGCUGGGAAGAAGCAAUGAAGCGAGAUGAGAAGUUCUGGUUUCUCUUUCUCCUGAUGGAUUUUUUAAUUUCGUUCCACACUUCAGAGGCAAUUUCUGUGAUGGCCUCUGUCAGCUUAUUCUACUUCAACAGCACCAGCAACAGGACAGUGUUUGAGCGCUGUGAGUGUGGCGUUUAUGGCUUUAAUUCUCCUUACCUCAGUGCUCAGGGGGUGGUGGGCAUUCCAGUAUCGGCUGAUCAUUACGCCUGCCACAAAAAUACCGACUUCACUGUCACGGAACCACCGUGGAUAGCCCUGAUUGAAAGAGGCAAUUGCACUUUUGCUGAAAAAAUUCAGGUGGCCACCAGAAGAGGUGCAGCAGCAGCCGUGAUCUACAAUUCACAGGGCAAAGGCAACAACACCCUCCUGAUGGCGCAUCCAGGUGAGUGA